UUUUUAAAUUUUUAUUUUAUUUUUUUAAACUAUGGUUCACACGUGCGUGGUGGCCGGCUGCAGGAACCGCAGGACCCCCGGGACCCCGCUGUCGUUCUACCGGUUCCCGCGGGACCCCGAGCGGAAGCGGCGCUGGAUCGCCGCCGUGAACCGACGCGGCUGGGAACCGAACGACGGCAGCCGGCUGUGCAGCACUCACUUCCUCUCCGGUAAACAGGUGAAGAACCCACGUUCCCCGGACUACGUUCCCUCCGUGUUCUCGUCCCCGGGCAACCUGGAGGUGGCGGACAAGCAGGAGGCCCGCGUGGAGGCGGCCAACGCCUUGCUGUUCCUGCAGGGCCAGGGCCGGUUCGCCGCGGGGGAGCAGGGCCACGGAGGGGGGAGCCCGGAGGAGGCGGAGCCGGCCGCCGCCGCCGGGGAAAGUGGGUCGUCCUCGUCCUCCUCCUCCUCCCUCAGCAGCGACGAAGACAACGAAUCCAUGGGCGACGGCAAGAGGGGGCGGUUUGCCCACGCGGCCGACAUGGCGGUCCACCUGGACGACGCCCUCCUGGCCCUGAAGAAGGAGAACCAGGCCCUCAGGGAGUCCGUGGACAGGAUGUCCCUCUCCGAGAACUCCUUGAGGAACGACGCGGAGAAGGUGAAGUUCUACACCGGCCUGCCAAACUUCUUCGUCCUGGAGACGGUCAUGUGGCUGCUCGCGCCGCACAUGGACGGGAUGAAGGCCGCCAAGCUCUCCAAGUUCCAGCAGCUGCUGCUGACGCUCAUGCGCCUGCGCCUGGACCUGCGCAACCGGGACCUGGCCUACCGCUUCGGCGUGAAGGUCGGCACGGUGACCAGGACGGUGCACCAGAUGGUCACCAUCAUGUCCUCCAGCCUGGUGCCCACGGCCGUCUUCUGGCCCUCCAGGGCCGAGCUCCGCAAGAACCUGCCGGCGGCGCUGCGCGCCUCCCACCCGGACUGCGCCGUCAUUGUGGACUGUUUCAAGGUGCCCUUCGAGGAGCCGGUCUCCCAGGGCAACCAGGAGCAGCAUCGGCAGCGGGUAGGGCCCCCCCCCGGCGCACUCGGGGGGGGCGGCGCGAGUCCCAACGUGUUAAAGUACCUGAUUGGCGUGGCGCCCCAGGGCGUCGUCACCUUCGUGUCCCGCGGCGUGCUGGGAGACGUCAGCGACAAGUCCCUGGCGGAGGGCUGCGGCUUCCUGUGCAAGCUCCUCCCCGGGGACGUGGUGCUGGCCGGCCGCGACCUCGACAUCGACGACUCCGUGGCCGCCAGGGGGGCCCUGUUCAAAACGGCCGCCGCCCCCGCGGAGGCGGCCGGCGUGCAGAGGCACGUGGAGCGGGUGAUCUCCAUGGUGAAGCACCGGUACGCCAUGCUGACGGGCCCCGUGGAGAGCCCCUUCACCGCCGUCUGCGAGCGCGCCUCCAACCUCUCCACCUUCGAUAAGGUGGUGCAGGUGGCCUGUGCCUUAAACAACCUGUGCAUCUCUGCCGCUCCGCUGGAGUGAGCGCGCCCAGGACGCCGCUCCGUGCCGGUCGCGCCAGUCCCCUUCACCGCUUUGGACCUUGUGACCUUUAACCCCCACCUUAUCUGGACGGGUCCACAAACCACUUUGCUAAGGCGCAACAACUUAUGCACAACGUACGAUUGAUGAUGUCAAUAUUUACCACAAAGACGCUUCUUCCCUUUAGUUUUAUUCCAGUUAAGUGAUAUUUCCCCUUAAAUUGGUUUAAGCGUUGUCGUUGCACACAAAGCACGUCCCGGUGCAUCUUGGGAAAUAUCUCCACGUGACCCGGCUGGUGGUUGUGCUGCUCAGCCGGUGCCUUAGUUUUGUAAAGCUGGUUCUGCUGUGAUCCACCGUGUGUCCUGCACAUAUUUGUUUUGGCAUCACAUGGUGUGAUGCUAAGCUAAGUGUCCACAAACCGACCGGUUCACUAGGUUCUAGUUGAGGGUCCUACGGAGGCUCAUUCACGCUGAUGACCAAAGAGCGGUUCAGAACCAUGACUAUUCUUUCCUAAUGUGAACUCCUUGUUUUAAUCGUGAUAUUGAGAUAUUAUCCUGUUAUUUUGAAAUAGCUAUUAACUUACAAUAUCAAGACAUUAACUCAUUAUAUAUCAAGAUAUUAACUUGUAAUGAGAUGUUAUAUUAAGAUGUAAUAUUGAGAUAAUAUCUUGUUGUUUUUAAAUAUUUUAUCUUUAUAAUGACUUACAGGUUCCUCUUCAGUCACAUUAGGCACUAAUGGGCUUCCGUAGAUGAAAUAUCACCCUGUCAAUCAGUAAAACACCUCAUCAACUAUUGUGUAUCAAUUCCAAACAAUGUCAAAUAAAUACCCGGGUAGGAUUUAUUGUUAGAUGUGUUUGGAGGGUUUAGGUUUAAAUCUGGCAUCAAAGAAAUGAACCCUGGUGGUUCGGUUCUAGUUCUAGUGGGCCUUUCUCAUGUGCUCGUCACCUUGUUGUUGCUUUUCAUUUUCAUCUUUCGUCCAUCUAUUCUGAAGCCUUUUGCUCUCUGAUUUCUGAAGAGUUCUCGUUGGUCUAACAGACGCAGAGACAUCUGUUGUUGGAUGACUGAGUAGUGAGCAGAUAACGGAGAGAAAUCUGCACGUGUUCCGGAAAACGAGAAGAUUUCUUGUCAGAAAUCAGAUUAAAGCAAAGCUGCUUGAGUCUCUUUGGGUUUUUCUCCAGGACUUUAUUUGAGAUGAUUCUUCUACAAAGCAGCGUUCUCUGUUAACACCCACUUCAAAAAUUUGCAAAACCCAAUGUUUAUCUCACACUUUACAUUGUCAUGCUGUUUACGGUCGCGUAUCCUUUAGUUUGUCAUCUUCAUUCGUCCCCUUUGAAGUUAAAUUUUUUUUUGUAAUAUUCUUUGGCUUCAGUGGAUUUGUUCUAUAUUCUAUAACAUUAAAUCCCAAAAUAAAAUAAAAAUCAUCCUUAUUAUUACAA